ACCCACCUCUACGUAUGCACCGAGCAGGCGCAGGGCGGCAACUGCAAGAACAUCGAGCUCUCCAUUGGAAGAUGCUACAACCUGGAAAAAGCGUUCGACAACAACGUAUCGAGUGCUGGGCCGGACGAAGGGACGUUUUGUACGCUGGAUCGCAGCUGUCGUGGCAAGGCUAUCCGAUUUACGAAUCCUGGGAUUAGCGACUUUACGAAAAAUAGAUUUGAUAAUGAGUUGAGUGGUGUGAGCUGUGAUUUCAUCUGGGGUUGGUCGAAGAAGAGUGGGUGA